GCCGGGUCAGGGUUGACAGUCUCCCCACAAUCGUGGAAAGCGGUGCGGCGGCUAAGCUAACCGUCGCAACGAGCUACAUGUGGAGGGUAAAACGAGAAGGCAUCCCCGACCCCAACUCUGUCAAAUCUCCCCGUGCUCGCCAAUUACGACGCUAAAAGUCGAGACUCGGUGAAAAUUAUAUCCGUUUAGGAUGAAAGGUAGCCGGAUCGAGCUGGGGGACGUGACGCCCCACAACAUCAAGCAGCUGAAGCGCCUCAACCAGGUUAUCUUCCCCGUCAGCUACAACGACAAGUUCUACAAGGAUGUGCUCGAGGUGGGCGAGCUUGCCAAGCUCGCAUACUUUAAUGACAUUGCGGUGGGCGCCGUGUGCUGCCGAGUGGACCACUCUCAGAACCAGAAGCGAUUGUAUAUCAUGACACUGGGCUGCCUCGCGCCCUACCGGAGACUCGGCAUUGGUACAAAGAUGCUGAACCACGUGCUCAACAUCUGCGAGAAGGACGGCACUUUUGACAACAUUUACCUUCACGUGCAGAUCAGCAAUGAGUCGGCCAUCGACUUCUACCAAAAGUUCGGCUUCGAGAUCAUCGAGACGAAGAAGAACUACUAUAAGAGGAUAGAGCCGGCAGACGCGCACGUCCUGCAGAAAAGCCUGCGAAGCCCGAGCGUAUCGUCGAGCAGAGAGCUUCAGAAGACUGAGUAGAGGAGGGGGUGACGGGCGGACGGACCGACCGACGGGCAGGCGGGCAUCACCCGCUUUUCGGAAAAACCAGCACACUUGACCUGCGCAUAAAAGAUCUGUGACAAACGCUCCCACCCCCC